AUAUAUAAAUAUAUAUUUUAUUAUAUGGGAUGCUUUGCUGCCCCUUUGUGGUCAAAUAUGUUGCCUGCCUACACACACACAUACACACACACACACACACACACAUACACAUGCUGUAUACUGUGAAACACCUACAUGUUUCUACUGCACUACGUUAUAACAGCAGACUUAAAACAUCUGUCUGUGGGAGACCUAAUAUGCAUCACCUUGUGAUGGUAACCAAAAGCCAACGGAGGGGAAAACCAGCUAACUUGUCAUACAGCUAAUAAAAGCAACAACCCUCAUGAAUAUUACAACAGCACACGUCACCAUACCAGUAGCGCAUGCGCAAAGCGAAGUGAAAGCAUACGCACCACUAUCAAAACACUCAGACAGUGUUACCAUUAUGUAACGAUACUAAUACACUAACCUUGAUGUUAGAAGGGUAAUUGGUACGGUGUAGGAAGCUAUUAGAGUGGGAAAAGAAACGUCAUAUCUGCCUGUAUCGGAGCUUUAGCUAAAACGGAAGAGGAGACCAUUAAACCUCUCACUUGGACUGGAGAGUUUCUGGAAGUCGCUCCAAACAGUUGUCAGACUACGCACUUGCUUCCUGUUGUCAGUGUGCUGAUUAAAACAUCCAGCGACGAGACAGGAUGUUACCAACGCUGUGAGAGGGAAGAUACUUAAACUAAAGGGCUGGUAACAACGUGAGGACAGGAGGUAAAUAAACAACCCUGUGUUUCUUCUCUACAUGAGUCUGCGGGCAGAAUGUCGCUGAGCUCGGACGGGUGGACUCACACCGCCGGUCUCACACCGGACCAGUCCGCCGCUCCGUCGCACCACCAUGGGGCCUCGCAGUCUCAACUUGGCUGCCUCACAGUCCUCAUGUCGGUGCGGGUGUCGGUGUGCCAUUCGGGUAUUCGGCCGCUGUGUCUUCCGGGAGCAGGUGAUGAGUCACUCCGCCUGCAGCUCAGCAUGGACCCGGGGAAAUCCGGGGAAUUCCGGCUGUCGCUGCAGGACAGCACCGGGACUGGCCGGAGUGUGACCAUCGCAGAGUAUGAUUUGAGGACGGUAAACUAUGAGGUGAAGUCACCAAAGUGCCACGAGCUGAGUUUAGCGGCACCUCCACAUGACCGCAUUAGUUUCAACUUUCGCUGUGAGCAGGAGGCCCAAGAGUGGGCUACCGUGGUGAUGUCAUCAUUGAGAGAAGCACACAGAGUUGCCCCUCAAGAUAAUGGUACACAGUGCCCACUGGAUGGUCUCCAUCUUCAGAACACCUCGGCCUUGCAACGAACGGAAGAAACGUGCAUAGAGCUGACCCGAGCCAUAGAAGCAGGUGACAUGCAGUCUGCUUCUGUCUUUGCUGCCACGCUUGCCCGUCAACAUGCCGCGCUCAAGAUCCAACCCUCUGCCAGAGACUAUGAAGACACUGAAAUCAAUUUGGCUGUUAUAGUUGAAGAUUCUUCUUCAUCUUGUUGCGUCACUGUGAAAGUUUUCCCACAUAUGACUACCGCAGUGCUGAAACAGCAGAUGUUCCUUGAGUAUGGCUUCCACCCACGGGUGCAGCGCUGGGUUAUUGGCCAGUGCCUGUGCACCGACCAGCGCUCUUUGGCCUCAUAUGGUGUCCGUCAGGACGGUGACACAGCUUUCCUGUACCUGCUGUCAGCCCGCCAUGCUCGCUUGACACUCCAGGCCCUCCAGCAGGACCAGGAGAGUGCCCUCCUCCUUGGACCUCCGUCUCUAUCUCUCCCAACACCUCACAUCCUUCCUACCUCUGCAAAUGGCCCUGUAUCUCAAGAUCGGAGACCUUACACCACCUUGCCCCCGAGACUCAAUACCAGCAGCAACACUGGUGGAUCAGAGAGAGGAAACAUCGGUGAGAUCAGGGAUCUCAUCAACCUAGAGAUGCCUCAACUCAGUGAAGCACUGAGUCCAAACACAACCUCCAUCCAGGGUUGGUCAUGCCCCUCUUGCACUUAUAUUAACAAACCAACGCGGCCGGGCUGUGAGAUCUGCAGUACAAAUCGCCCUGAGAACUACGUCAUCCCGGGGGGAUACCGACCCGACGCACUGGAACUCAGACGGAUCCAGCAGGAGAAGGAAGCUAUCAGACAGUACCAACAGGCAAAGGAAGCGGAGCGCAGGGAGAAUUUUGCACGGAUGGUGAUGAUGGAUGGCCAGGACUUGGUGCCUAACCCAGAGCAUGUAGACUGUAAGAUCUGCUACGUGGAGCUACAGCCAGGGGACGGUGUCCUGCUGAGGGAGUGUCUCCACUGCUUCUGCAGAGACUGCUUACGUUCAGUCAUCAUGCUGAGUGAGGAGCCGGAGGUGCCCUGUCCCUACAGAGAUGACACGUAUGCCUGUACCUGUUCCCUGCAGGAGAGGGAGAUCAGAGCUUUGGUUCCUGCAGAGGAGUAUGAGCGCUGGCUGCAGAGAGGUCUGUCAGUGGCAGAGUCUCGAUGUGAGGGCAGCUACCACUGCGCAACUCCAGACUGUCCAGGCUGGUGUGUGUACGAGGACACAGUCAAUGUCUUCCACUGCCCUGUCUGCAAGAAACACAACUGCCUGAUUUGCAAGUUUAUCCAUGAGGGAAUGAAUUGUAAGCAAUACCAGGAUGAUCUUGCAGCUCGCGCUAUAAAUGACUCUGCUGCAAGACGGACAACACAUCUACUCAAGACUCUGGUGCAGUCAGGGGAGGCAAUGCACUGUCCCCAGUGCGGCAUCAUUGUGCAGAAGAGGGACGGAUGUGAUUGGCUGCGCUGCACUGUCUGUCACACUGAGAUCUGCUGGGUCACCAGAGGGCCCCGCUGGGGUCCAGGGGGUCCUGGAGACACCAGUGGAGGAUGUCGCUGCAACGUCAACAAUCAGAAAUGCCAUCCCAAAUGUCAAAACUGUCACUGAGAAUGUCCAGAGUAGCUGAUUGUAGAAGGGAAUGAGGGAUUGAACUUGAAACAAACUAUUGUCUGUUACAGGGAAAAGAGGAAUAAUGCACAUAAAAAGGUAUAUUUAAGCCAAAAUUGCAGGUUUGAUACAUAAAAUGCAUCCCUAUUCUUAUAACUGGAGACAUUCUCAGUUUCCUCUUUGCAAAUUUCUAACCAUAACAAAAUAAUACGUGGCUUUUCGGUGUUAUCAUAAUAACAGAAAGUAUACAGUACCAGUCAAAAGUUUGUACACACUUUCCCAGAAUGAGAAAGUCUACACAAACUUUUGACUGGUACUGCAUGUUGGCAUCAAGCUCUGCAUCUCAUAAGCAAGGAAACGAGGGAUGUAUGAUUUCAACAUUUCAGUGACCAACAUAAAUUAAACUGUCACAUUUGGCGGUAACGAUGAGAAGUGUGGUUAGAAGUAUGCUCUGAAAGUAUCAACUUUUAUUGCGUGUGGUGCCUUUUCAAAUGACUGCACUGCAAAUGUAGCGAUACAGAGAACAGUGUUCUGUUUUGGUAGUUACAUACUGUACCUGGAUGCAUUAAAUUAAAGUGAAGUGGCCUUAUUCUUGUGCACAAAAGCUGUAGCAGGGUGUUUAUGAUGAAGUUUUCUGAGAAAUGUGAUGAAAUCCUUGUUAGUCCUUGAUAUGCUAUUCUCGGCAAUGAAAUAGAUCAGACUUAUGAGUCUGUGGAGUUCUAUGUAGUUGUAUAUUUUUUGUGUCUGUGUGAUAGUGUGACUGCGUGUGUGCUUUGUCACCAAAGAGGUUUGAAAUGAGUGUGUGUCUGCUUAUUAAUCAGCAUUCAUCUGUUGUUUUUACCAUCUGACUUUCAGUGAAACCAGUCUGAUCACAUUUUGUUUGUCACUCGCAUAUGUCUGAAUUUAACAAGCGGUGCAGCCUGGGGGUGAAAAGGUCACUGAGACAGUGUCUGCUGAUCAGCUGAGAAUUGAAUACUGACAUGCUCAAUAAAUGAGAGAGUGUAUUGAUUAAUAGUCAACUAUUAAUUGCAAUACUUGAAUAUUAUCUAUAAGAGAAGGCACAUGUACACAUUUAGUUGAUAAGCUCAUAUUUCCGUUAAGGAACCCAAAUAUUAUUUAUAAGGUGCAUGGUGGUAUUAGCUGGCUUACUAAAUGGCUUUUCCUGUUUUUUAUGGUCUGUGAAAGUUUUCUAUCCAUGGUAAUAUUUUGAAUAUUUUCUAAUUCAUGUAUGCAUGAAUUUGUUAUUCUAAUAAGUUAAUGGAUUUUCACAACAUAUUCUUAACCAGGAGAAGACCCUCUGUUCACUCAGAAAAAAUAAGAUUAAAUACCACAGUAUACCCUGGACUACACUACUGCCCUGCACUGACAAGCCAUGAAUAACUUAACUGUUACUUGUGUUCAAAUGUCAGCACUGUGUUGCUGAUGUACCGUUGUGCCUUAAUGAUCAAUAAACACCCUUUAAACUGGA